UAUUUGAGUGUGCGGCGCGCCGGGCCCUGCGGUCCGGGUCGCCGCUGGGGUAGCGGCUAAGUCUGCGGCUUGGUCCGAUUCUGGGUCCGCUGCGCACCAUGGAGAGCGAGGACGUGGAAGACGACCCGCUGCUGCAGAAACUCAGGGCCAGUCGCCGCCGCUUCCAGAGGCGCAUGCAGCUGCUGAUAGAGAAGUACAACCAGCCCUUCGAGGACACCCCGGUGGUGCAAAUGGCCACGCUGACCUACCAGACGCCACAGGGAUUGAGAAUUUGGGGUGGAAGACUAAUAAAGGAAAGAAACGAAGGAGAGAUCCAGGACUCCCCCGUGAGGCCCGCGGACAGGACAGAUGGCUCUGUGCAAGCUGCAGCCCGGGGUCCUGAGUUUUCCUCGCACCACACAGUCCUGGGAGCCGAUUCAAAAAGCGGAGAUAUCAAUGCCACGUCAGACCAGGAAGAGUCAGUUGCUUGGGCCUUAGCACCUGCAGUGCCUCAAAGCCCUUUGAAAAAUGAGUUAAGAAGGAAAUACUUGACGCAAGUGGAUAUACUCCUACAAAGUGCAGAGUAUUUUGAGUAUGCAGGUGACAGAGCUGGAAAGGAUGCACAUGUGACUCCACCGCCUUCACUGGCCUCGCCUGCCAUGCCUGCCCCUGGAUACUACAGUCGUGUCUCCGGAAAGAGUCCUGGUGACCCAGCAAAACCAGCUUCAUCUCUCAGAGAAUGGGAUCCUUCACAUCCUUCCUCCACAGACAUGGCCUUAGUACCUAGAAAUGACAGCCUUUUCCUGCAAGAGACCAGUAGCAGCAGCUUCUUAAGCAGCCAGCACUUUGAAGACGAUGACAUUUGCAACGUGACCAUCAGUGACCUGUACGCAGGGAUGCUGCACUCCAUGAGCCGCCUGUUGAGCACAAAGCCAUCAAGCAUCAUCUCCACCAAAACGUUCAUCAUGCAAAACUGGAACUCCAGGAGGAGGCACAGAGGUAAGAGCAGGAUGAACAAAACGUAUUGCAAAGGAGCCAGACAUUCUCAGAGGAGCUCCAAGGAGAACUUUGUACCCUGCUGUGAGCCUGUGAAAGACACAGGAGCAAUCAGAGAUUGCAAGAACGUAUUAGAUGUUCCUUGCCAUACGACAGGUUUAAAAUUGGAAAAAGCUUUUCUUGAAGUCAACAAACCCCAAAUCCAUAAGUUAGAUCCAAGUUGGAAGGAGCUGAAAGUGACACCCUCGAAGUAUUCUUCCUUGAUUUAUUUCAACUCCAGUGCAACGUAUAAUCUUGAUCAGGAAGAUAGAUUUAGGACAUUAAAAUGGUUAAUUUCUCCUGUAAAAGUAGUUUCCAGACGAAGAAUACAACAGGGCCAUAGAGAGAACCGUCAGAGGGAGAUUGAAACGCGAUUUGAUCAGCUUCAUCGGGAAUAUUGCUUGAGUCCCAGGAACCAGCCUCCCCAGAUGGGCCUCCCAGACUCCUGGGCCAUGAACGUGUACAAAGGGGGUCCUGCGAGUCCUGGUGGCCUUCAGGGCUUAGAAACCUGCAAGCUGAGUUUACCUUCCAGCAAAGCAAAAGCAAGAAGUUUAAGCGAGGCUUUUGAAAACCUGGCCAAAGGAUCUCUGAAAGCGGGUAGGUGCCUGCCCAAGAGCAAUUCUUCUUCACUUCCAAAGGCCAACCCCACACACAGCCCAGCUCGCCUGCAACAGACCUCUGAUCUUCACGUUCAAGGGAACAGUUCUGGAAUAUUUAGAAAGUCAGUGUCACCCAUCAAAACUCUUUCAGGCCCAGAUAAAGAAGUGCUAGGCCACAGAAGGAAUCGUUAUGAUGAAAUUAAAGAAGAAUUUGACAAGCUUCAUCAAAAGUACUGCCUCAGAUCUCCUGAGCAGAUGAAGGCGCCUUCAUGUAUUGAAGUGUCUACAGGUAAAGCAAGUUUGGAAGUUCGGUAUCAAACAGAAGGCUUCUUAGGAAAAUUAAAUCCAGACCCUCACUUCCAGGGUUUCCAGAAGUUGCCAUCAUCACCCCUGGGGUGCAGAAAAAGUCUACUGGACUCAACUGCAAUUGAGGCUCAUUCAUCUACAUGUGUUGCUCGUGCCACCAAGAGGGACCAUCAUUUCCCUGCAAAAAGACCCAGGCUGUCAGACCCCCAGGACUCCGGAUGUCAGGCCAGUUCCCAGGGUGCCUCAGAUGGGGUAGUCAACAUCGUAAGACCGGGAGACCAGGGCAGCUCUUCACAGCCCAACUCAGAAGAGAGGAAGAGGAAAGAACAUGUCUUACAGGAUGGAAGAGAAGUGAUUUUGUGCUAGAAAAAUCAAAACUAGAAGUGUGCAGCUAGGUAAUUUUGAGUGUUAUUUCUCUUCCCACUUGCUCUCUGUUUGUAUUUUUGUUUUUAAUUCUUGAGACUGUGAGGACUUGGUUGACUUCUCUGCCCUUAAAGCAAAUAUUAGUGAAAUUGGCUCCAUCAGAGAUGACCCUCAAAUUCUUGGUGUAGAAAUUAUGUGAAUAAAGUUGCUCAGUUAGA